AUGAAGUUCACAUCAGCCUUUUACGCCGCGCUCAUGUUCGCAGCCGGUUCCAUGGCCAUUGAGUGCACCAGCACCCUGACAUACUGUACGGGUGGAGCAUGCCAGUGCUUCGCCGCCGGUGUUGCGGAAAGUCUCAACGACAUUUGCAAGAAGAAGGGCUUUGAGCGUUCCUUGGGGCCUUCCCAGACAACUGUCGGCAACGCUGUUCGUUGCGACCACCAGUGCUGCAGAGGCCCUGGCUAA